UUCUUCGAAUUCACGAUCUUAAAGUCAUAUGAUUCACAGCAAAUAUAGCAACAAAUAUCUCAAUUGGUAUUUUCCAAAGCCACGAAACGUGCAUUGAGUUUGGAGCGAUAUGUGAAGUGAAGAUUGAAGACGUGAUAGAAGAUGGACGACUACUGCUAUGCUAAGAUGGCGACGUCCGCUAAAAGAGAACAUGAAAGAGAAUCAACUUCCAGCAAAUCACCAACGGAGAUAAAGACGAAAGAUGAAGACGUCCAGCAGCUGAUCGGUAAUCCAGAAGAAGUUUCCCCUCAGUUAGGGGGGAGCUCCACUUUGAAGCAGGAGACUCCACAACCACCCUGCAUUAAAAAGGAAGAGGAGGAACUCUGCAUCACUCAGGAGGGAGAGUGUCUUCUAGGACGAGAGGAAGCUGAUUACACCAAGUUUCCACUGAGUAUUCUCUCUGUGAAGACUGAAGAUGAUGAAGAGAAACCACAAGUAGACAACCUCUUAGCUCCACUAUCAGAUAGUGAGGCUGAAGACAAGGUUGAAGAACCUUUGAGCAGCGAUAAAGACUGUGAAGGUGAUAUGAGGACUCACACUGACAACAAACACUCUGAAUGCUCUACAAAGAAGAGAGGUAAAACAUGCUUGAGCUGUUCAAUUUGUAGUCAAAGUUUUACUAAAAAGAGCCAUUUGACUCAACACAUGUUAACACACACAGGAGAAAAACCAUUUAUUUGUUCAGUUUGCGGCAAAAGCUUUUCUCAAAAUAGCUUGUUGAGUCGACACAUGAGAACACACACAGGUGAAAAACCAUUUAAGUGUUCAGUUUGUGGCAAAAGCUUUUCUCAAAAUAGCUUGUUGAGUCGACACAUACUCCCAAAUUAG